AAAAUCCUGUCUUUCUGGUGUGAGGCAUGAGUCUACCGUCAACGUCUUCAUCUAUCCACACUUAUUCUUCAACAUCAGCUCCAAAGAAGCAGGAAGAUGUAAAGCCUACAGCAAAAACGCCCACUUUGACAAGGUUGGAACGAGCAAACAGAGCUAUUGCCGUUCUCGAAAAACGCUUGACCGAAAACAAACGAGCGCUUGAUCGCUGCAAAGAUUUGGAGUCAAAACUGCAGCGGAUUGACAAGGAUAUGGACACAGCUUAUAUCAAGAUCAAAGGCGAGCUGAUGCAUGCAGAACUUGGUCGACAUUACAGCGAUAAGAGUUCUGGAACCGUUUCACAUGCCACUUCGUUGUACGACACCGACUAUCUAGAAAGGUCUUUACUAUCGCCAAAAUCAUCUUUUCCCAUGCCUCGAUACGUUGAUGCUUCACUCGAAAAGCGACUCAUCAGCAUAGAGCGAUCCUUGAGGAGACUUGACGGCAUCGAAUCAGUCUUGAAAAAGCUGAGCACUCAAGUGGGUGUUACUAACGAGAAAAUACCAAAAACUGUCAUACCACUAAAAGGAAAUCUGUAUGGAUGUCAUGAGAUAAGCGAGGUAUUCAAGCAGACCCAAGAAGAACUGCAAAAGGCCCGUGCAGCAAUUUCAAAAAUGCUUACAAUGCCAGCCAUCUACUCCAGAGCCCAAACCAUAUCAGAGUGCAUUCGAGACCGCAGCGAACUUGAAGUAUUAGGGAAAAUGAUAGACCGUUUCUUAACUAAGAUUGGCAACUCGAAGAGAGCCUACGAGAAUGCCUGCGGAGACGCAAGCCGUUGCAUCGUAUGCAGCAUGAGGACCACGUCAUCUGCGUUUUCAAAAGCAUCUUUGUAUUGAGUCUGAUCUUUAACGAUUGAUCAUUAUGAUCUUUUUCCUCUUCUCAUGCAUGAUCUUUAUCAAAUAAAAUU